AUGAGAAUUCCUCUGUUUUCAUGGCUUUUCUUAAUACCCCUUUAUUACUUUUCACUCAGCAUAAACAUAUUUCAUGUCUCCGGCCAGUGUCCCGGGGAUCAGCAAUCUUUGUUGCUACAAUUGAAGAACAGCCUCGUAUUUGACACUGCAACAUCUAAAAAACUUGUGAAGUGGAAGAAUGGAACGGAUUACUGCUCUUGGGAAGGAGUGUCCUGCAAAAAGGGUUGUGUUUCGAAUUUGGACUUGAGCAGCGAGGCGAUUAGUGGUGGACUUGAUAAUUCGAGUUCUCUUUUCGGUCUGAAGUCAAUCGAGAACCUGAAUUUGGCUUACAACAAGUUCAACUACACUCAGAUUCCUUCCGAGUUCAAGCAGCUAACCGGUUUGAGUAAUCUGAACUUGUCGAAUGCUUACUUUGCGGGGCAGGUUCCAAUUGAGAUUUCGCACUUGACGAGGUUGGUAACUCUGGAUUUGUCUACCCUUUAUUUCCCCGGAACUCCUUCGUUGAAUCUUGAGAAUCCGAAAUUGAAUGUGCUGCUUGCGAACUUUUCUGAGCUUGUUGAACUUUAUCUUGAUGGUGUGAAUAUAUCAGCACAGGGGACCGAGUGGUGUCAAGCGAUAUCAUCUUCGUUGCCAAAAUUGAGGGUGUUGAGCUUAUCCUCUUGUAAUCUUUCAGGCCCUAUUUAUAGUUCACUACUGAAGCUUCAAUCUCUCUCGGUUAUUCGUAUUGAGAACAACAAUUUGUCUACUCAUGUUCCGGAGUUCUUCUCGAAUUUCCCGAAUUUGACUUCCUUACGAAUGGUGAAUUCUGGAUUACAUGGUGCAUUCCCUAAGAAGAUCUUCCAGGUACCUACACUGCAGACUAUUGACUUAUCCGAUAAUCCGCAGCUUCGUGGUUCCUUGCCAGAAUUUCCGAAGAAUGGAUCUCUUCGAUCCCUGGUUCUCAGUGGGGCAAAUUUUUCAGGCCAGUUGCUUCCAAACUCUAUUGGGAACCUCAGAUUCCUGUCCAAAAUAGAUAUUGCAACUUGCAAUUUCACUGGAUCAAUCCCGAGGUCAACGGAAGAGCUUACGCAGUUGGUUUAUCUGGACUUCGCAAAGAACAAGUUCAAUGGUUCAGUUCCAUCCUUCAGUAUGGCCAAGAAUCUGACCCUAAUAAAUCUUUCAUACAAUCGGCUAACGGGUCAGAUUAAUUCCUCGCACUGGGAAAACCUGACUAAUCUGAAGCUACAGCUUUCCAACAAUCAAUUUUCUGGUCAUUUGCAUGGAUUUGCUAAUAAUUCUGUACUGGACACCCUUGAUUUGAGUAGCAACAAGUUGGAAGGACCAAUUCCGGUGUCUAUCUUUAAUUUCAGUGAGCUCAAGAUACUUUCACUUUCUUCGAACAACUUCAGUGGCACCUUUUUACUUAAUAGCCUUCAGCAGCUGAGAAAUCUUUCGAGUCUUGAUCUUUCAUACAAUAGCUUGUUGAUUAAUUAUGACAGUUCCAGAUCCUCGUUUUCCUCUUAUCCCCACAUUACCACAUUGAAAUUGGCUUCUGGAAAGUUGGGAGUGUUUCCUGAUUUCUUGAGAAAUCAAUCCCGAUUAGGCUAUUUGGACCUUUCACUAAACCAGAUUCAUGGUGAGAUACCCAACUGGAUUUGGAGGCUCAGUAGUCUUAGUCAACUAAAUCUUUCUUGCAACUUUCUGGUAACUCUACAAGGUCCUUUCCUCAAUCCUACUUCUACUUUGUAUUUGCUUGACCUUCAUUCCAACCAGCUUCAGGGACAAAUUCCAAUGCUUCCACGAUUGGCCACUUAUCUGGAUUAUUCAAGAAAUAAUUUCAGCUCAAGCAUUCCGGCUGAAAUUGGUGAUUUCCUUAUGUACACUGUGUUCUUCUCUCUUUCAAGCAACAAGUUAAAUGGAAGCAUUCCGAAAUCGAUGUGCAAGGAACCAUAUCUUCAGGUUCUUGAUUUGUCCAAUAAUUCUCUAAGUGGCCCGAUUCCCCAAUGCUUGACUAACAUAAGCGGGACACUCUCCGUACUUAAUCUAAGGAGAAACAGACUUAAUGGUUCUGUUCCUGAUGGAUUUCCUCAGCAUUGCAGUUUAAGAACUCUUGACCUCAAUGAAAAUCAGAUAGAAGGUCGAUUUCCAAAAUCUCUUGGCAAUUGCGGAAUGCUUGAGGUUUUAAACAUUGGAAACAAUCAGAUAAGAGAUACCUAUCCUUGCUUGUUGAAGCAGAUAUCCUCCUUGCGUGUCCUUGUUUUGCGAUCCAACCGUUUUUAUGGACACAUGGAAUGUCACAAAAUCAGUGGUACCUGGCCAAAGCUACAAAUUGUUGACAUAGCUCACAACAAUUUUAAUGGUGAAAUACGAGGAAGAUGCUUGAGAACCUGGAAAGCAAUGAUGGCUGACGAAAGUGAUGCCGAGUCAAAAACUAAUCACCUUCGAUUUCAAGUUCUCAAGUUCAGUCAGGUAUACUAUCAGGAUGCUAUAACAGUUACAAAUAAGGGUCUGGAAAUGGAGUUGGUAAAGAUUCUAACUGUUUUCACCUACAUUGACAUCUCAUGCAACAACUUUAGUGGAUCAAUACCUUUGGAGGUGGGAGAACUCAAAUCCCUCUAUGGCCUCAACUUGUCCAUCAAUUCUCUCACAGGCCCAAUCCCAUCAUCAUUAGGUAACCUACGACAACUUGAGUCGUUAGACCUUUCAAACAACAGCUUGAGCGGGCAAAUUCCAGUGGAGUUUGGGGGCCUUACUUUCCUUUCUUUCAUGGAUGUCUCAUACAAUCAACUGGUCGGGAAGAUACCAUUCAGUACCCAGAUUUCAACAUUUCCAGCAGAGUCCUUCGCAGGCAAUAAAGGAUUAUGUGGGCCACCUUCACUUCUAAAAUGCAGUGAUGCCAACAUAUCACCAAAUGCAGCACCAGAGGGUCGAGACAAAGCAUCAAAAGUUGAGUUUGAUUGGCAGUCCAUAUAUACUGGAGUGGGUUAUGGAGUGGGAGGAGGAGUUGUUGUUAUCCUCUUAAUGGUGUGGGAAGAAGGAAGAAACUGGUUAGAGGACACCAUUGACAAAAUUCUUCUGGUAAUUCUUCCAAUGAUGGGAUAUUCUUACAGAACUCGCGACGAAUGGGACGAUGAUGAGGAGGACGAAGAUUCCGAAGAAGAGAGCACAUAUAUCAUGCAAGACUAUAGCGGUGACGAGAUUGAUUCAGAAGACAGAGUGUUUCGGGGUCCAUAUUGUGUGUUUUGUUCAAAACUUGAUAUAAGUAGGAAGAGGGCCAUCCAUAACCCAAAUUGUACAUGCAGUUUUUCACCACCUAUUACAUCAUUUUCUUCCUCUUCCUACUCAUUUACUCCAUAG